GGGUUUUGGUCAUAUGAUGCGCUGUUUUUCAUUGCCUCUGCAAAAUUAAGGAAGAGUCCAUUGAGUGGCUUAAACAGUGCUGUUAUAUUAACUGUCAAUAAAAAAAAGAUACAUUUGUAAGACAGUUUAGCGAAGGACCGAAAUUUUCUUCAUCUUGCAAACCAGGAACAAUGAUUGCAGCACUGCUGGAACAAUAUCGAGAGAGAAUUCGGACUGAAUUGGACAGAGUUGUGGAUUUCUGGCUGAAAUAUUCCCAUGAUAAACAAUACGGUGGGUUUUUUAACUGCCUUGGAAAAGACGGGGAGGUCUAUGAUGAGCUGAAAUAUGUGUGGUUACAGGGAAGACAGGUAUGGAUGUACAGCAGAUUGUAUCGCACAAUGGAGAGAUUUCGUAGACCUGAGAUUCUCGAGGCUGCUAAAUCAGGUGGGGUAUUUCUGCAAAAGUUUGCUCGAGUUCAGGCUUCCAGCGGUCCGGGGAAAUGUGCAUUCUGUCUGACAAGGGAUGGACGAGCUGUGAAGGUUCAAAGGACGAUUUUCAGCGAGUGUUUUUAUGUUAUGGCCAUGGAUGAACUAUCCAGGAUUACACAAGACAAAGAGAUGCAGGCAGAUGCGGAGAGCAUGAUGGAUCAGUUGGUGCACUGGGUCCGUAUCGAUUCAUCAGGUCUCGGUCGUCCUCAGCUUUCUGGUGAUCUGCCUGUCAACAGCAUGGCAGUUCCCAUGAUGCUCCUGUGCCUGGUGGAUCAGCUGACAGAAGGCAGAACCGAGGUUGCGGAGAAGUACAAAGAGUUGAGCGACUGGUGUGUGGAGCAGAUACUACAGCAUAUACAGAGAGAUGGGAAAGCCAUUUUGGAAAAUGUCACAUUGGAUGGAAAGGAAUUACCUGGCUGUCAAGGGCGAGUGCAGAACCCUGGUCAUGCUUUGGAAGCUGGCUGGUUUUUGCUCCAGUAUGCGCAUACAAAAGGAGACGCGCAACUUGAGAAGACUGCAGUGGAAAAGUUCAUGGAGGUUCCGUUCCACACUGGAUGGGACAAACAACAUGGAGGCCUUUUCUACUUCCUGGAUGUAGAUGGACAUUGUCCGACUCAGUUAGAAUGGAAUAUGAAGUUGUGGUGGCCUCACUGUGAAGCUCUGAUCGCAUACCUGAUGGCCUACAGUCACAGCAGAAAGCCCAUGCUAAUGGACCGAUUCAAGCAGAUCUAUGACUACACUUUCUGUCACUUUUCUGAUGAGGAACAUGGUGAGUGGUUUGGAUAUCUGAGCCGUCAGGGAGAAGUUGUGUUGGACUUCAAAGGAGGACCCUUCAAAGGGUUCUUCCAUGUUCCACGGUGUCUCUACAUGUGCGAGAAGCUUCUGGAUGGUCUUCUUCAGGAACAGGGUUCUUGAACUUUACUGUUUAUUGAUAUUUCACAGCUAUGCACUGCAUAGCUCAGACUUCAUGAAAUUUAAUGGAAGUCCUUCUGUUUAAUUGGUCAGUUUGCACAAAACGCAAUGAUUGUGGAAUUUUAAAUAUCAAUCGAUAUUUAUAGAUUGGUUUAUCACUUCCAUUUCACCAAAUGUUAUUUUAGUCAAGAUUACAGCUGCUCUGAAUGGAAACUGUUGAAAACUUCCAUUUAAUUCAAACCCCUGUCUGAAAAAGGGGUUUGAAUUACGUUCAAGUGUUCGAUUCGGAGCAGAUUUUUGUUAAAACUUCAAAUACGGGUUCAUGUUUUGUCUCUCUAAAUCAGUUUUGAUAUUUCUUUUUAAGUACUAUGAUUUUAAAAGCAAUUAAUCAAAGAUGUGAAAAGGGACCAGAGUUUUUUUUUUUUUUUUUAAAGCAGCAAUUGAGAAUGUAAAAAAGAAAAGGGAAUAUAUAGUUGAAGGAUUAAAUGUAUUACUAUUUGACAAGUUAAUCUUUCACCACAUGGCUUUCAACUAAUUGGCUUCAAGUGAACCCCCCAUACAGUUUCACAUGGGUACUUUUGAUUCAAACAACAGCAAUGAUUUUAAUAGUCCAAAAACAAAAAAACAAAAGUGACUUUAAACCACUCAGAUGAACACUGUGCUGAUCUUUUCAAAGCACCUCAUUUUUUUUUUCUGUUGCUAGCUAUGUUACAGACUAAAACUCAUGUAAACACACAUUCCAACCACUUAUAAAACGUCUGUAACAUCACAUAUGAAAUCUAUUUUAGAAAUGCUCUUUUUAUUUUGUGCUUUUAUUGCAAUUGCUCAGUUUUAUCAGUAUAAAUGUAAAAUGUACAAGAAAUAUAAAACAAUGUAUUAAGUA